AUGUUGAAAACGGUCGUUUUAAUUUUUUGCAUCAAUGUAGCCGUCGAAUCGUUCUAUCUUCCCGGUCUGGCUCCUGUAAAUUAUUGUAAGAAAGACGAACCAUUGGAUGGUUGUAAAUCCGAAGUCAAAUUAUUUGUGAAUCGAUUGAACACUGACGAAUCCGUAAUACCUUACGAAUACCAUCAUUUCGACUUCUGCCUGCCCGUAAACAAUGAGAAAUCGCCCGUGGAAAAUUUGGGUCAAGUCGUAUUCGGCGAACGCAUCAGACCUUCGCCCUACGAAAUAGAAUUCAUGAAGAACGAAACUUGCAAAGUCGUGUGCCACAAGAAGUAUUCCGGGGACAAGUACGCCGACAAUUUGCAACUCAGCAUGCUGCGAAAGGGCAUCAGCCUCAAAUACCAGCAUCAUUGGAUCGUCGACAACAUGCCUAUCACUACUUGCUACGACAAGGACGAUUGCAGGACCGGCUUCCCGAUGGGCUGUUUCUCGAGGAACGGCCGGCACAACUGUCUCGAAGACGUUGGAAGAGAGAACGCCAACUACAUUUACAAUCACGUUAAUCUAACUAUUACAUAUCAUUCCGGAGCCCACGAGGAAUGGGGUAGCAAAUUCCACGAAAACGGAGGAAGGAUUAUCUCAGUUAAAGUCAUUCCGAGGAGUAUCGACUACAAAGGGCACAAUUGUUCUCAAUUCGAAACCGAACCCCUUGCGAUCCCGAACGAUAAUCUAAAGCCCGGGGAAACCUUCGAUAUCAUAUAUACAUACAGCAUCACGUUUGUGCAAGAUGACCACGUGAAAUGGUCAUCUAGGUGGGACUACAUCCUCGAAUCGAUACCUCACACAAACAUACAAUGGUUCAGCAUUCUUAACUCGCUGGUUAUAGUUGUGUUUCUAUCCGGCAUGGUGGCCAUGAUUCUACUGAGAACAUUGCACAAGGACAUCGCGAGGUACAAUCAAAUCGACAACGGAGAAGACGCUCAAGAGGAGUUUGGCUGGAAGCUGGUGCACGGAGACGUGUUCCGGCCGCCGAGGAAAGGCAUGCUGCUCUCCGUAUUGCUGGGCUCCGGCGUGCAGGUGUUCUUCAUGACGUUAGUCACGCUGGCGUUUGCUUGCCUAGGUUUUCUUAGUCCUGCCAAUCGCGGGGCUCUAAUGACAUGCGCCAUGGUGCUGUACGUCCUGCUGGGUUCCCCUGCCGGGUACAUUUCCGCUAGGAUAUACAAGAGUUUCGGAGGCGAGAAAUGGAAAUCUAACGUACUGCUAACUUCGAUGCUAGCGACUGGCAUUGUGUUUGGAUUAUUUUUCAUCAUGAAUCUGGUACUUUGGGCGAAAGAUAGUUCCGCAGCUGUUCCGUUUAGUACGUUGAUUGGAUUGCUGGCGCUUUGGUGGCUUGUAUCAGUUCCACUGACUUUUAUCGGUGCAUUCUUUGGAUUCAGAAAAAGGGCUUUGGAACACCCAGUAAGGACCAAUCAAAUACCGAGACUCAUCCCGGAACAAUCGGUGUACACGAAACCGAUACCGAGCAUCAUAAUGGGCGGCGUGCUGCCGUUUGGAUGCAUCUUCAUCCAGCUGUUCUUCAUAUUGAAAUCCAUUUGGUCGUCGCAGAUGUACUACAUGUUCGGUUUCCUGUUUUUGGUGUUCAUUAUACUGGUGAUAACUUGCGCCGAAACGACGAUUCUGCUGUGCUAUUUCCAUCUGUGCGCCGAGGAUUAUCACUGGUGGUGGAGAUCGUACAUGACGUCGGGUUUCACGGCGGUUUAUCUCUUCUUGUACUGUUGCCAUUACUUCUUUACCAAGCUGCAAAUCGAAGAUGCCGCUUCGGCGUUUCUGUACUUUGGGUACACGAUUAUCAUGGUGUUUUUGUUUAAUCUCCUGACGGGUACGAUAGGUUUCUUUGCUUGUUUCUGGUUUAUUAGGAAGAUUUAUAGCGUGGUCAAAGUCGACUGA